UUUGACCACGGGACGUAGAGCGAGGCUGGUUACGUUAAUAUCGCCUGGCCAUAAAUCGAAAUAAACAAGCUCGACCGCGUCCCGAACCAUGUGGGGACGAUGUGCAAGCCCUAUUUGAUACCCAACAAUGGCGAGAGUGCACAGUGCGGGACAGUGCAAGUGAAACUCGUUGCUCGGCUUGGACCGUCUUUAGCAGGUGGAUCUCGUUUUCGGAAAACCGUGUGGUGCGUGAUGACGGUGUGUACCGCGGUCUGGGCCGGUGCCCCCUUCGGCACGCUAUGAGAUGCACAUAUCCGACGUUCCGAACACCAUCUUGACAAAAUGUUCCAAAAUGAAAGAAGAACAUGAAGCUAUACAUGGCAUGAAUGGUAAUUCCGACGUACACAUCAAGGAGGAGUGCCCUAAGACCAAUUAUGUUCAGGGGGGUCGCCUUAAAUUUUUUAAAGAUGGGAAAUUUAUCUUGGAAUUGGAGCGGGCCCGAGAAGGAGAACGCGUCUCCUGGGUGUCGGUGCCAAGAAAGACGUUUUGGCCGCCGCAGGGCACCGCCGCUUCAACACCCACCUAUCGACAGGAAAGCAGCACUUCCCUCAGUGUGUCGGACGACAACAGUUCGAUCCAGUCGUCGCCGUGGCAGCGCGAUCACUCAUGGAAGCAGACCACGCCGCGACGCAACGCGUCGAAGCAGAUGGCGAUGAUGUAUUGGCGACCGAGACGCGUAAGCGCGAGAAGAGGACGACGCAGCCGUAAGCGACGUCGUCCUUACUGCCCCGGCCCCGACCAGCCGGAGGAAAGCUCGGCGGGACGGGUCACUUCCGUCCCCAAAAAGGAGCAGGGUGCCAGGGGCGCCGCACUGCUCGCCAUCGUCCAGUCGUUAAUCGACAGGAACUGCCGAACCAGCACUCCGCCGAGAUCCGAUAUGGUGGUGUCGCCGCGGAAAAGGUUCCUACGGGAAAUGGAAAAGGAUCGCGGACAAGUGGACGACAGUUGUCUAAAACGUAGCCGCAGCAGGCCCCAAACCGCCGCAGUGACUCCAUGCCUCACGCCACCCGCUUCAGUCGGUGCGCCCAUCAAAACCGACAGUCCUCCGCAUCAACGGCAUACGCCGCCGUCUCAGAUAAACGGAUCGUCAUCGUCGACGACGGACAGUCCCGUCCCCGUGGAGAACAAGAUACCACCACCGGUGGCGCAAACGGCAGCCACGACACCACGCAACUGCAGCUACAGCAUUACGUCAUUGCUGGCGGAGGACCAUCAUCAGAGGGGUGGUGGCGAUAAGGUGAAGGGCGGAGUAGGUGCCAGCCGCGACCGCAACACAUCGCCUAGUCAUUACGCGUCGCCGCCACUCCGACACUUUGCUCCACCACCGGAUGAUCGCUGGUACACUGAAAGCGUGGACAAACUGCGGUCAAUAGAGUUGUCGCAGCACGUGGAUAAAAGGGGCUUCCAUCCGGCGCACCCACCUCCCUCGGUGUACGCACCCCACCAUCACCCGCACGCGCAUGCCGCCCACCAUUCGCCCGCCUCCUUCCUGCCGCCACCUUACCUAUAUCAAUACGCUCCCAUGCCCACUUCGUAUUACGCGGCAGCGGCGGCCGCAGGCGUGUACGGCCGCGUCGGCUACGGUUUGCCUCCACCCGGCACCGCACUUUACCAUCAUUCCGCUCCGCCGCCGCCUCCUGUGCAGCUCACACACGCGGGGCCACCGGCUCCCGCACCUCAACCCUGGAUGGCGCCGCGGUCCAACACGGUGCCGUUUAAGGAGGCGCCAGAGCGCAGGGAUGAGAUCACAGAUAUGCCUCUGAAUCUGUCAAAACAUGCUGGUUGAUCCGGUGCGUGCCUUUCCAUAUAUGUAACAUUGUUAAAAGAGUCGAGACGUCGAUAUUUUUGUAUUUUCCACGAGUUUCAACAACACCAUCGACCACAACCAACGGCGGCAAUGCAUUUGUUCAGUCAUUGUGAUAGUGCGUGACAUUUUGCGCGACAUAAUCCGUCAUAUAAAUAGAGAAUGUGCACGUGAUAGUAGGUGAGGUUGAUGUUCGUCUAUCUAGCUUUAAAGCAUUAGAAAUGAAACGAAAUGUGCAAUUAUACGGCUCUACAAGCAAAACUGUAGGUAUAUAUUUUGUAAAUAAAAGAAACUAUUAAACUCCCAACUUGUAUAAAAUCACAAUUCUGUUGUUUUAAAUUACCCUGAAAAUUCCGUACAGAUUGUAUUGUGAAUAAUUUGGCAGGUAGUUGUUGACGUAAAGUAUACAUUGAAAUAUACAAACGAAGUUUAAUUUUAUUCAAAGAACACACAAUAUUUGAUAAUAAUGAACUGUUUAAGUGUUUUCUUACCAACUACUUGCCAAUAAUACCUUGUAUAUAUACCAGUCAUAUAUUUUUGUAAAUAGUGUGUCGAACAUAUCAUUUUAUUUAUUUAGCAUUAUACAAAUUUAAUUUUUAUUCGCCUAUUUCUUUCUAAAAGAAAUUUUCAGCGUGAAUAAUUUAAUCUGAAUUUUCAGAUUGUGAAUCAUAUAUAUAUACAAAAAUAACAGAACUCACAGUCUAAUAUUUUUUAUCAUUUGAAUCGAAACGUACGUCGACCUGACAGAAAAUCGAAAUUAAGAUAUUAUGUUUCUUGAGGAAACGCUAAAAACAAUUAAAUAAAGCCUUUGAAAUAUUUUUUGUAAAGUACAACUUGUGAAAGUGGAGGAAAUGUUUGAAGUACAUUUUUACUCGAGUCUUGGUACUUCUAAAAAACUCAUUGUAGCUUUCAAUAAAGGUACAGUUUCAGGUUUCUCCGAAAUUUGAAAUUAUUGAUUCUCGUGUCACAUAUAUUUUUUCUGCUCUUGAUGUUAAUAUUCUAAUGAGCAAUAAUUUAUUAUUAUUAUUUUGUUAGUUUAGUGUAUAUCACUUGUCAUGUAUGUGUUAUGUAUUUAUUAUUUCGUGUGAACAUAAUGAAAUUGUAUAGUUCCUGAUAAAUCAUUUUUGUUAAAAAACGAAUUUUCAGUUUUGUAAAUAUAUGCGACUAAUGUAAAAUGAAUGAAAUUGUAUAAACUAUAUUUUCUUAUGAUGAAUGCUAUAAGAGCUGAAAUUUAAAAAAGACAAUAGAUAAGUUCUGUAUGUAACAUAUUUUUUCAUAUUUAUAAGGACUCUAUCAAUAGUCUGAAUAUUUGUAGACUAAUUUCAUAUUUAAUAUUGUAACCAUUUUUAUUAAUAGAAUAUUUACUUGUGCCAUUCUGCUAUUAAUACGUUAUUUAUUUAUUUUGGUUCCAUAUUUUUCUUUAUUUUACCUUUUAUGAACCAUGCCACAUCACAAUAACUUUUGUUGCAGAUUAUAAAUAAAACGUUGAAAAUAAAGGAAAAUUUGGAAACAUGUGAUUUCAGUUGCUUUUAUAAUAAUUUCACAAUUUCAAGAUAUUGGCACUUAUUGUGAUAUGAGUAAAUUUUAAAGAAUUUAAAUGAGUCCAUCUGAACUGAACCGUAUAUUUAUACUUGUAUUUCUGUAACAUUAGGUUUUACAAAAUGUAUUGUACAGAAAAAUAUAAACAUUUAAAAUUUUUA